CAAUUCGAGUAUAGUUCCGUUUGGGACGUCGAGUGUGCGACACGUCUUCUGACCUAGAAGAAUAAUUUUUCAUCCCGCGGGGUUGCAUCAUCCCGCGCGAGACCCGAUAUUCGGGGCCUUCGCUUUGUACAUAAUCACCUGAUAAUCGUUUAAUUCUAUUACGUCAUCGCUUAAUUCUAUAACGUUUAUUGAAUACGCACAAGUCAAAAGGUUCGACAUGGCCGUAUCAGUCCGCACCUGGCGGCUGGGUGCCAACUAACCGGAGGAAGAAGAAGAACAAUUCGAGAACAAUAACAAUCUCUACACGGGAAGACUCUGGUCAACCGCAUGCAAUUACACACAGCUCUCGUGUAAUUACAUGUUUUUCGCAAGUGGUGCCGACUUGGAGCAACGCAUCAUCGCUAACAAUAAGAUGUGUCGAGUAGCGCAGGGCUCUGCAAUUAUCGACAUCGGAAUGUUGUUCCCGGCUUUAUGAUACUUUAUGAUACUUCGCGACACGUGCCUGAACGCAGGAAUCACGUGAAAAGCGGCUCUUCAACAAACUGAACUGAGAAUAUACCGCGGGACGAGAUGCCGAGGCAAGAGGACGUUUUUACAGAGCACGUUUCCUCAAUCGUUCGGCGUUCUUGCAUCACUCGGUGGACGCUGACGGCAUAACCUCUGCUGCGUGCUUCGAGCCACUUUGCACCUGUUUACAUAAUUCUACGACGGUCGCCGCGGCCUCGAGGACUCGACAAUGACGAGGAAUCAGUUUCCGACGGACGGAGACUGUCAGUUGCUGUCGACUCGUCUGUAAUAUACAACGCACUUUUAUAUUGUCGCAUUUGCGCGCGAGUCGCGCGGCGCCGAUCUGCGUCAUGAUGUUUCUGGAAUACGUGCAAACGCUGUCCGACAAUCCUUACUUCGGCGCCGGCUUCGGUCUGUUCGGCCUCGGAGCCGGGGCUGCCUUGUUGAGAAAGGGCGUUCAGGUCGGGGCCGUAUUAUUCAGACGGCACUACAUGAUCACGCUGGAGGUGCCGUGCCGCGACAAGAGCUAUCAGUGGCUCCUGCAGUGGAUCACGCACAAAGGCGCGCGGAAGACGCAGCACCUCUCGGUGGAGACCAGCUUCGAGCAACGGGAGACCGGCCACGUCAAGACCAAAUACGACUUUAUUCCCAGCAUAGGAACCCACUUUUUCAGAUAUAAGGGGAACUGGAUAAAAGUAGAAAGAACCAGGGAGCAGCAGACUUUAGACCUGCACAUGGGCAUACCAUGGGAAACCGUACAGCUGACGGCGUUCGGCAAAGACAGAAGCAUUUACUUCAACAUUCUCGAAGAAGCCAGACAAAUGGCUUUGAGGGAGCACGAGGGAAAGACUAUAAUGUACGUCGCCAUGGGGAGCGAGUGGCGGCAGUUUGGGCACGCGAGGAAGAGGAGACCGCUGGAAUCGGUGGUGCUGGACACCGGUAUUUCCGACAAGAUAGUAAACGACUGCCGGGAAUUCAUCAAUAAUCCGUCGUGGUACAGCGAGAGAGGGAUACCGUAUCGCCGGGGCUACUUGCUGCACGGGCCUCCAGGAUGCGGCAAGUCCUCGUACAUCACCGCGCUGGCCGGGGAACUGGAGCGCGGUAUUUGCGUUUUAAAUCUAUCCGAGAGAGGCCUCACGGACGACAGACUGAAUCACCUGCUAGCAGUAGCGCCGCAGCAGACUAUCAUCCUACUUGAAGAUGUCGAUGCCGCUUUCGCUAGUAGAGAAGAUUCUAAACAAAUUAAAGCAGCGUACGAUGGUCUUAAUAGAGUAACGUUUAGCGGUUUAUUAAACUGCCUGGAUGGCGUGGCUUCUACAGAAGCGAGAAUAUUGUUCAUGACGACCAAUUAUUUGAACAGACUAGACCCCGCGCUCGUUAGACCGGGCAGAGUCGAUGUGAAAGAAUACAUCGGCUGGUGCAGCGUGAGUCAGGUCGAGCAAAUGUUCCUAAGAUUUUACAAGGAGCCGGGCAAGGAUCCUGGUACACUUGCAAGGGAAUUUGCGGACAGCGUCAUGUCCUUCAAGAAAAACGUCAGUCCGGCGCAGAUUCAGGGAUACUUCAUGUUUCACAAAAGCAAUCCCGACGCGGUGAUAAAUAAUGUCGCACAAAUCUGGGAGCUCACGUGAUAGAUAGUGAAACUGUAGCUGUAACUCGAAGUAGUAGCGAUCGUACGCGAGUCGACCAGAGUGUUCUGUCUUUCUAUGUAAAGAUUGUUAUUAUUCUCGAAUAAGAGAGCAACCUGCAACGUGGAGAAAA